AUGUCUGUGAUAUCUAAGUCACCUUUCAACAAUUACCCAGACCCCACUCAAACAGCACCGCCCAUGAGUGAAACCUUAAUAUACAUGCGCACCCUGGCAUCUUGGAUCCUCAAAACUGGUUGCGCAAUCCACUAUGUCCACUCAAACGUGUAUGAGCUGAAAGAGUCGCGCGGCGAGUCCAUGCUGACAACGCUCAAUACCAGCUUUGACUACGUGCAUACGUUGAAGACAUACCAGAACGGUAAUGGGGUUAAAAAUGGUGACGUUAUAGUGGCUCUGAAGCCUAUCGAUCCCCAUCAGCGUGUGUGCAAGCGUAUCACAGGAAUGCCCGGAGAUGUGAUCAUAAUCGAUCCGUCCAAUGGAUCUACACAUGGACGCUUCGAGUCCAAGUACAUGGUGGUCCCAGAAGGCCAUUGCUGGGUAACCGGUGAUAAUCUGUCACACAGUCUUGAUUCGCGAUCGUAUUCGGUAAUACCUUUGGGUUUGAUAAAGGGUAAAAUUGUGGCCGCGAACGAUUUCAACGGAAGCUGGCGCAGUUUGUGGGGGUUCCGGUGGAUUGAAAAUGCGUUUGUCAAAGAGUAA